AGUCCUCCACAGCCCUCCCCAGCGCAGCGCGGGCGCCGGUCAGAGCGCAGCGGCUGCGGGCACUCCAGGGAGGCUCGAGGGCGGGCAGCCCGGCGGCCGCCUCGCUGCCCCCAGCCAGGGCCCCGGGAAGGGAGGGGCUCGGACGGGCGACGCCCGCCACCGAAACUUACCAAGAAGUACCAAGAGCAGCCCGGCAGUCCAGCUGCCCACUCCGGCGGUGAGCAUGGACGCGGUGCUGCUGGAGCACUUCCCUGGGGGCCUGGACGCCUUCCCUUCUCCCUACUUCGACGAGGACGACUUCUUUACCGACCAGUCUUCCAGGGACCCUCUGGAGGACGGCGAUGAGCUGCUGGCUGACGAGCAGGCCGAGGUGGAGUUCCUUAGCCACCAGCUGCACGAGUACUGCUACCGCGACGGGGCGUGCCUGCUGCUACAGCCCGCGCCCCCGGCCGCCCCGCUCGCGCUCGCCCAGCCGCCCUCCAGGGGCCCCGGUGAGCCAGAGGACGGCUGCGGCGGCGGCGGCGGCUACUGCUGCGAGGCGGGGGCGCCCCCCGGCGGCUUCCCCUACUCGCCCGGCUCGCCGCCCUCGUGCCUGGCAUACCCAUGCGCUGGGGCGGCCAUGCUUACGUCCCCCGGGGCGCGGCUGCGCGGCCUGAGCGGAACUGCGGCGGCGGCGGCGCGGCGGCGGCGGCGGGUGCGCUCCGAGGCGGAGCUGCAGCAGCUGCGCCAGGCGGCCAACGUGCGCGAGCGGCGGCGCAUGCAGUCUAUCAACGACGCCUUCGAGGGGCUGCGCUCGCACAUCCCCACACUGCCGUACGAGAAGCGCCUCUCCAAGGUGGACACGCUGCGCCUGGCCAUCGGCUACAUCAACUUCCUCAGCGAACUCGUGCAGGCCGACCUGCCCUUGCGGGGCGGUGGCGCGGGCGGCUGCGGGGGCCCGGGUGGCGGCGGUCGCCUGGGCGGGGACAGUCCGGGCAGCCAGGCCCCGAAGGUCAUCAUCUGCCAUCGGGGCACCCGGUCCCCCUCCCCCAGCGACCCGGAUUAUGGCCUCCCUCCGCUAGCAGGACACUCUCUCUCUUGGACUGAUGAAAAACAACUCAAGGAACAAAAUAUUAUCCGAACAGCCAAAGUCUGGACCCCAGAGGACCCCAGGAAACUCAACAGCAAAUCUUCCUUCAACAACAUAGAAAACGAACCACCAUUUGAGUUUGUGUCCUGAAAAGUCCCAGACUCGGCUGAGGAUCUGAUUAUGUCUCUGUGCAUAUUGUACAUGUAAAUAUCUAUAAUGUAAAUGUAAUUUAAGAAUCAAAGUUUUCUAAUGGCAAUCAACUGUUAUUUAUCUAUUUAUUAUCCUGUUGAGUUGAUGAAAUCAAUGAUUUCUUUUAAAAUAUAUAAUUUAUAUAAUUUAUCUUGAUUUUCUGAAAAUAUGCAAUAAUAUGAUUUUCCUGAACUCUGUGUUGCUGGGAGAAUUCUGGCCAGAAAACGUUAUGCUUAUUUAUUGCCAGAUAUGGUUUAUUUCUAAGCGUUGUCAAUAAAUGCUAUUUACGACUUUU